AUGCUGCCCGAUGAGAUUCUCGAGCAAUUGAACUCCGAUUUCCCAUCUCGUGAAUCGCAAAUUCAGCAAUUAGCGGCGCUGUACAAUGCACGGCUACCCUCACCCUCGCUCCUCGUCGCUCACGGCCUUACGGCAACCGGAAAGUCUUCCAUCAUACGUUCUUACCUCAAACGCUCUUCGCUGUCCUACGCUACCAUAAACUCGAGGGAAUGCAUAACAGGACGACAUCUACUAGAGCGGACUGUCGCAUCUUGUCUGGAUGCACUGGACGAACACUACGAUGAGAAGAUAGAUCGGAGGCCGUAUGCGAGGACAGAGAAUCUGAGCAGCUUGGCCGUAGCGCUAGGUAGAAUGUUAGAGGGACGAGGGAAAUUCGUUUUGGUGCUUGACGGCAUCGAUAACCAGAGAGAGGCACCACACACGCUUUUACCUGCGUUGGCACGGUUUGGUGAAAGCAUACCUAACCUCUCGAUCAUUCUGGUUACCACACUACCUAUACCGCAUGCGCUCCACCGCCCUGGAACACCGCACCUCCACUUCCCAAGCUACAACCGCAACUCCCUUCUUACCAUCCUGGGACAACAUCCCCCUAAGAUCUUCCUACAGCCGCCGAGCGAAGAACAAUAUCCUGACUACACGCCUGAUCUCGCGGCUGAAGACGACAGUUGGCUGUGGGGACGAUUUAUAGCGACCGUAUACGAUGCGCUGAGCAAACAUACCGGGCGGGACCUCGUUAGCUUUCGUCUUGCGGCCAUGCGACUGUGGCGUCCGUUCGUCGAGCCCGUCGUGCAGGGUACAUUCGGCACGCGCGAUUAUUCGCGCCUCAUGGUGAACAGGAGGGCUUUGUUCCAGGUCGAGGACAGCGUACUGGACAAGAUCGUAGCAGACAACAGCAACUUGGGUGCGACUGCGGGUGUCACCAACGGGACUGUGGUACCAGCGACACCCAGCACGAAGAGAAGGACCAGAACGAUUGCACACGACCUACCGUACUAUACGACACACCUUCUCAUUGCCGCUUAUCUCGCCAGCUACAACCCCUCUCGCACAGACGUCACAUAUUUCAUGAAGCACACCGACAAGCGGAAGAAUAAGAGAAGAGCGCCCUCGGCGACCGCAGGCGUCACAAAGUCGAAGCAUCGCAAAAUUUCGCGGCAUCUAUUGACGCCGUCACCCUUUCCCCUUGACAGGCUGCUGGCGAUCUUCCGUAGUCUGCUGGUGGAAACGGUGCCUCAGGUCGCGGAUCUGUACACGCAGAUUGCCACGCUGACAAGUAUGCGACUUCUGGUAAGGACUGGCGGAGUUGGAAGCUCGGAUGUGCUUGACCCCGGCGCGAAAUGGAGAGUGAAUUUUGGGUGGGAGUAUGCACGGUCACUUGGGCGUGGUGUAAAUCUGGAAGUGGGAGAAUAUCUCGUGGGAGGUGUUGAUUAA